AUGCCUCCCGCGAAGGAUAACGAACCAUCGCCUUCCGGCGCGGCCGACCCCGCCGCCUCGAAGGGCAAGGAACCCGAGGUUGUGAACGAGUCCGAAGGCGAGGAAGAAGACGAGGAAGAAGCCGGCGCCGAGGGCACGGCAGCUGCUGAGGCCAGCUCUGGAGGCAAGAAAAAGAAGAAGAAGAAGUCCAAGAAGAAGAAGGCUGCUGCUGCGCCCGCCGAGGAGGAGUCUGAUAAGGUCGGCGCCGAGACCGCCCAGAAGCUAGUCUCGAGCUUGACGGAUUCGCAGCUUAAGCAGCUGUGGAGUAUGAAUCCCGCCCUGAACAACGAGAUCACCGCUGGCGGCAGCAAGGAGCCUACCAGGCAAAACGUGAUGGAGAUGCUUCAAAAGAUGAGCAUACAUGACCUUCUGACCGGCAUGCCAUCGGGCCGUGGAGCCGUCAAGGACAUGGGCGCUUUCAAGUUCUGGAAGACCCAGCCAGUGCCCAAGUUUGGCGAGAAGAUUAGCGAGGAAGGCCCGAUGCAGGUAAAGACGUUGGAUGAUGUUGCCAAACAGCCAGAUCCUUUGCCGGAUGGUUUCGAGUGGGUUACCAUGGAUCUCACGAACGAGGAUGAGAUGAAGGAGGUUCACGACCUUUUGGAGGGCCACUACGUCGAGGAUGACACGGCUAUGCUGCGGUUCAACUACUCUAUGAGCAUUCUCAAAUGGGCAAUGUUGGCACCUGGCUGGAAGCCUGACUACCACAUCGGCGUACGCGCGUCCCAGUCCCGAAGGCUCGUCGCUUUCAUCUCCGCCAUCCCUGUCGACAUCCGAGUACGCAAGGCCGUUAUCACAGUCUCCGAAGUCAACUUCCUAGUCGUUCACAAGAAACUUCGAAACAAGAGACUUGCGCCUGUUAUGAUCAAGGAAGUUACGCGUCGAAGCAACCUCAACGGAAUCUGGCAAGGUCUCUACACCGGCGGCAACAUCCUGCCGACCCCCGUCAGCACAUGUCGAUACUAUCACCGCGCCCUCGACUGGCAGAAGCUCUACGAAAUCGGCUUCAGCCCCCUUCCUCCCGGCAGCAAACCUUCGCAGCAAAUUAAGAGAUACCAGCUGCCUGACCACGGGAAGCUCAAGGGUGUUCGUGAGAUUACGGCCGAUGAUGUAGAUGCGGUUCUAUCUCUUCUCACACGCUACCUUGAACGCUUCGACAUGGCCCCCGAGUAUACGAAAGAGGAGUUUAUCCACUGGUUCGUCUCGACGACUCAGGAUCGUGAGGAGAGGGUGGUCUGGGCCUACGUUGUUGAGGAUGACAACGGCAAGAUCACAGACUUCUUCUCCUUCUACGGCCUAGAUUCUUCGGUCAUUAACCACAACAAACACAAGCUUCUCCGCGCAGCGUACCACUUCUACUACGCCACCGAAACCGGCCUCACCGAAAAGGUCGACAAGGCCGCGCUUAAGAAGAGGCUCAACGAGCUGAUGCACGAGGCCCUCAUUUUCGCCAAGAAGCUGAAGUUUGACGUGUACAACGCCCUGACUCUCAUGGAGAACCCUCUCAUUCUCAACGAGCAUCACUUCGGCGGUGGUGACGGAAACCUACACUACUACCUAUUCAACUACAGGACCGCGCCGAUCAGCGGAGGCGUCACUAAGACUAACCGUCCUGAUGAAGAGAAGCUGAGCGGCAUCGGUGUUGUCAUGCUGUAA